AUGGCGCCAUGUAUUAAUUUCGUCACCGGCAAUUCGAACAAGCUUCGGGAGGUAAAGGCCAUACUUGAGCCUGGUAUCGAAGUCCGAAGCAAUCCCAUAGACGUUGAGGAGGUCCAGGGUUCCAUUGAGGAGGUAACCGAGUCCAAGUGUCGUAGGGCUGCUGAACUUGUCAAUGGGCCAGUACUUGUGGAAGACACAGCCCUGUGUUUCAAUGCUCUCGCAGGGCUACCGGGACCCUAUAUGUAA